UCUAUUUAUUCUCUUCAUUAUUUAUUACCCUGCUUUUUACCUCACCUCUCUCUCAUUUUAUUUCCCCCCUUAUUUGAAUUGCUUCUUGUUGCUCAGCCUCAUCUGCGGUGAAAAUGGUGAUGCCUAAAGCGAAGAAUGAAUCGAAAUCAGCAGCUUCAGGGUCUGCUUAUGAGGAGCUACGUCGAAAAAGAAUGGAAGAGAAUAGAAAGAAACUGGAAGAGUUGAAGCUUCCUCGCCUCUCUUUGGCUCUUAAACCCUCUCCUAAACCCCCUAAGUCCUCUCCGAUGAAGAGGGUUAAGAAAACAGAAGUUGUAGAGGUGAGAAGAUCGGGCCGUUUUGUUAACAAGCCUGCCCCUGUGUACCGAGAAGUCGUUACUUAUGAACGUCCUGAUUUGCCGAGAAGGUACUUCAAAUAUUCGCGUAAGGAUUUGGCAAAUCGGGUUUAUGCAUCGGAUGAAGCUAGGGCAGCUGCAACAUACAAGGCGGAGGAAUUGGAAGUUAGUCUUGGCAAUGAUUAUCCUACUUUUGUUAAGCCUAUGCUCCAGUCUCAUACCACUGGUGGAUUUUGGCUGGGUCUUCCAAAUUCCUGGUGUAGGACUCACCUCCCCAAGAAUGAUGCUACCAUCACAUUGAUAGACGAGGAGGGGGAAGAGUGUUUAACUGUUUACUUAGCGCGCAAAGCAGGACUCAGUGGCGGAUGGAGAGGAUUUUCUAUCGAUCAUGGAUUGGUAGAUGGUGAUGCAUUAGUGUUUCAGUUGAUUCGACCUCUUACAUUUAAGGUGUACAUUAUAAGGGUGAAUGCUUAUGAAAAGGGUGACAAUAUGGAGGCCUUGGAUGCCGCAGACAUCUGAGAACUAGUAUUAGAGUAAUUCUCCAGGAUGAUAAGCUGUAGCUGGGCUGGAAGAAAUUAUCAGAAUAUUUGAACAUGAUAUUAUUAUUAUAUAAUUGUAUCUAAUUGACCUGAUAUUUUGUAAUCUUAUAAUGAGCCCUCUUGUUCAGGAAGCUUAUUUAAGAUUAAUCCUGGUUUAUUAUUAGUCUAGACAAUAUUAUGAAAGGCAAAGUUCUGCAGUAUAAGCUAUGCUUGUACUUUGCAUUACUUUAUUAUAAUUUGUCAAAAGAAUUAUAAUGAUAGAUUUGACAAUAUUUAACAUGUUAA